AUGUGAAAUUUUAUUGGAAGCCAUAAUAAAUUUUGGAUAGAAAGUCGGAGACAAAAGAUAGAGGAAAUUGUUAAUAAGAAGCCACUCAAUACAACAUUCACAGGACUACCAUUGAGCGAGCCAAAUAGCCCUAGUCGCAAAGACGGGUUUUUGAACGAUUUAUGGUCUUGCACCCCAAGCGAUUGCUCUGACGAAGAAAGAUACAGAGAGAGUAUGUCUGAACGGCUAAAUUACCGUUUGAAGCUAGAAACGGAGAAAUUGUACUAUCAUUUAUCAAAGAAUAAAAUAUGUGUAGUUCCUUCACAGGAGUAUCAACAGGAUUUCUCAUCUCGUCCUUACUUCUCGAUCAUUCUGAAGGACAUGAAGUUCACUAAGGCUAAGCAAGAGGAAGCUAACCUCAAGCGUCAGAUGAAGAAGGAAAGUGAGAUUAAAUAAGCAAGAGGAUCUUUCACGGUCUCUUACUAGAGGAGCUACUCUUGGUAUGUACUCUUUCUUUUCUAUUGGUCUGAUACUUUUAUUAGGCUCCAAAAAUUACAUGACUCAAGGAGACAUUCAACGAGAAAUAGAGUUUUCUAAAUAAAGUUGGAAGGAUCAAGCGAGAUGGCCGAAAAAGAAACUUUCUCGAGGACGAGUUCAAGAAUAUCCAUAAAAGGAUCCCAUUUCUCAAGAUCAGUGGCUCUGUUGAUUAUAAACGCAAUAAGAGGCCUAAAUAAGAUUGAAGAAGUUAAUUUUGAAAAGAAAAUCAAAGAGGAAUAUGAUAGACGAAACCAAGCUAAGCUUCUGCUACAGGAGGCACUUUUUAGUAAAUUUACAAUGAAAAACGCGAAUGAUCGUACUUCUUAUAAGAACAUUGGGCAACUUCCUGACUUCACAAUUGAUGAUAAUGCCAAACCAAAGGAUCCUGGAUUCAAAAAGAACCAGAGUCAUCGGACGAAGAAAGAUCCUGCGAAUAAAGACUUGAUUGAUGCUUUAAAGGCCAAAAAGCAAUUCAGUGCAUCGAACAAGAAGAAGAUCACUAAAAUGCUGAAAAGCACUAUUGAGAAAUAAGAUCAACAAUUCAGUUUUACAGAAUGAGUUCAAGAAACUCCGAGUCAAUCUCGAGCUUAACAUCCUGAAAGAUCGGGAGAACAAGAAGUUGCUAGAUGUCUUGCUCCCAAGGAAAAGACAUAAUUCGAACAUCAAAAGAGUUUUAGAAAAGAGCAAGAACAUGCUCAAGAGAAAGUAUAUGCACCGAGUCAAUGCUUGUGAGAAAAAAUAA